CCAGCUCCUUAAAAAGAUACAAAACCAUAUUGAAAUAAAACAAAUAUCUUCUUAAGGAUCAAAACGUUAAAUAAAAACACCAGACAGGUGAAUAUGGGACCUUUAAAAAAAUCUUGGUCUCGUGUUUGUUUGUUUGUUUGUUUACAGACACGUGUUGAUCAGAUUCACAUCAUUACAGAUUAUUUAUUUAUUUAUUAACCAACUACAGAAACGUCCAAUCGCAGAAUGCUGCAGAGCCGCUGAACGGCCGGUAGAUGGCGCAACGUGCACACGAGUCGGUUACAGUUCGCUGCUGGUGCAGAGAACAAGGCGCGGAUUAGUGAAUAUGAUCUUUAUGAAUCAUAUUCACUAAUCAACGAAAACAAUGACAGUGAAACAUCAAAUGAAUAAUUUGAUAUUUCACAGUCAUUAUUACGCCUCAAUGUGAUUUUUUUUUUAUCAAUCACAUGUUUUAUAUUCCGACUCUUAUCAUGUGAAACAAGUUGUCGACUUGUCUUUUAAAUGACACAAAUCGAUUGUGAACGUGAACCAACUCUGGGCGUUUGUUUGAUUCGUCUUGAUUUCGUGUCGGUUGAUUCGCCGAGCGAUUCCGUAACUGGCCGACAAGUGUCGAAUCACCCGUCCUGCCCGGACUGACGGUGGAUCGGCCGCAGCGCCAUGUUGGCGAAGUGUCUGCUCUGAGGAAGAGACGAUGGAAACCAGCCUGGUGCAGAAGAAGAGGUAGAGGAGCCAUCGCACAACACUUCCUUCACUAAGAAGCGACCCGGGCCGGAUCCGGAGCUUCCGGACGGUCGAGGAGGCUCAACCAUGAACAGCUGAUCCGGACGGAGACUUUCCAUGAAACAAGACGUUCGUGUUGCUACUCGAGCUCCGCUGUCCCGCAGCCGCCGCUCCGCCCGGGGUCCGGGGCCUGGUCCGGGGCCUGGUCCGGGGCCUGCUCCGACGCGCGCGCUAGGCGUCGUUCUUCACGGUUUCUUCGCGUUCGAUUGAUUUCUUCAUCUUUUACAAUGAGUUUGCCGCCGAAAGUGGUUCCGAAGCAAGCGGCGGUGGCAGCGAGCGGCCCCGGGGGCGGCCCCUCUCCGGCGAGCCAGCUGCGGGCCACCCUGACCUCCGUGUCCCUGCCGCCCGGAGCCCCCUCCGCCCCGCCCGGCUCCGGGCCGCAGUUCCCGCUGACGCUGGGCUACAUGACGAUGGCGUGUGAUGUGAAACACUUCGCUUCCCCUCAUGUACCCAGGCAUGUUGGCCCCCCUUACACUGCUCAUGACAUCACAAAGGGACACCCUAAUUUGGCGGGCACCCCGCCCGGCCACGCCCACUCCCCGGCGCUCUCUCAGGUAUCAGCUUCCCCAUAUCGCUACCCUAAGGGCUGGGAGACCGGUGGAGGGCCUCCAUACAACCCUGGACAAAAUGCUGGCUCCGCCCCUCUCGUGUAUUCUCCCCAGACGCAGCCAAUGAAUGCACAGCCACAGAGUCGCCCGUUUGCUACGGGCCCUCGACCAACCCACCACCAGGGAGGAUUCAGGCCCAUCCAGUUUUUCCAGAGGACUCAGAUGCAGACUGCCAGACCCAACAUCCCAACAAACACACCGUCCAUCCGACCCGGCUCGCAGACCCCCACCGCAGCUGUCUACCCUACCAACCAGCCAAUCAUGAUGACCAUGGCUCCCAUGCCCUUCCCUUCGCCACAGGCUGCACAGUACUACAUCCCACAGUAUCGCCACAGUUCGCCCUACGUGGGGCCUCCGCAGCAGUAUUCUGUUCAGCCCCCCGGGUCUGGUACCUUCUAUCCUGGUCCAGGACCAGGGGAAUACCCCGCCCCAUAUCAUCCCCUCAGGUACCACCCGCCUGUCUCACCUUCUGUCCCUGCUGCCGUGCCCACAGCUGGACCACCUUACUACCCAGGACAGACUGUGUACCCCCCCUCACCCCCCAUCAUAGUGCCUACACCACAGCAACCUCCACCAGCCAAGAGGGAGAAGAAAGCAUCGUCCCAGAUCCGUAUCCGAGACCCCAACCAGGGCGGCCGCGACAUCACGGAGGAGAUCAUGGCAGGGGGUUCAGGGAGCAGGAAUUCAACGCCUCCUGUCGGGCCUCCCUCCUCUACCCCCACCCCACCACAGCAGCAGCAGCUGAGCAUCAGCCAGACUCCAGAGCCGCAGCCUCAGCCUCCUCAGCCACAGCAGGCCCAUCCCAGAAGCUUAAUCCCUGGAACCCCGCAGCCCCAACUGCCCCCGCAGCCCCAGCAGCCCCCGCAGCCCCAGCAGCCGUUACCAACAGGGGCUUCAGACACCAAACCAGGGCCAGAUGAUGCGCCAAAACUUGAGCCAGUCGUCCAGAAUUCUUCUUCACCUGAAGCCCUUGUAGAGAGACUGGAAGCCAACACACCUGUAACUGAGCCCACUUGUGAACCGGAGCUCCCCCUUCCCGCCUCACUCUCCGCCCCCGUCAAUCUCCCACUUACAGCGGCCAACAUAAGUGAACGUUCCUCAGCCAGGGACUCCAUGGCUUCUGCCUCUCCUCACUCGUCCACGGUCGGAGAGCAGAAACCACCUCAGACUUCCGACACAGACGAGCCUCUUUCAGACGGCCCAAGAACCUUGGCUGCCUCGUCUGUCCCAGCCCCCGAGGCUCUGAACGGCCUGACAGAGUUUGGGCCUGAGCUGGACUCUGCAGCACCUGAGCCCCAGGCCUCCAGUCCUUCUCACAGAGAGGCCUCCUUUGAAACUUCUGACGUGAGGCCAGAGGUUCACGUCGCUGCUGCACUCGUCCCUGUGGCACCUGUGGCUGUGGUGCCAAUCACCCUGACCUCAAGCUCCACCCCAGCUUUGCCAGUUAUGCUCCCCCCAGGCCUUCCGCCUCUGGUGCAGGCCACAACAGAGGCCGACGAGCCGAGCAAAUCCUAUGACGCUGAAGACCUUGUACCCAGAGUCAUGACACAUGGUGGAACAUCAGAGUCUCAGCAUCAAGCCCUAAUCAGGAACAGUCCCACUACAGUAAAUCAGGCGACGAUACCAAAGACCUGGAGGAAACCAAACGAAGACAUCUCUGCUGGAGACGCACCUCAAAGGGAGGACGAGGAUGAGCCAAUGUCAGUGGAUCAACCUUCUGGAGACCAGUCCCUGCAGUCGGCUCCACUGAGCAUCAGCCCUGGGCCCCUGGCAUCAGUCUCCACCUCCACCCCUGCUCCUUCUCCUGCCCCUGCUAAUUCUCCUGCCCCUGCUCAUUCUCCUGCUCCUUCUCCUGCCCCCGCCCCUUCUCCUGCCCCACCCCCUUCUCCUGCCCCUGCUUCUGCUCCUCCCCCUGCCCCUGCCAGCAGCCCUGAGGCUGACAGGAAGGCCGCGGCCCCGGAGGAGAAUGGUGAGGCGGAGGUGGAGCCCAUGAGGAACGGAGCCGGGCACACCUCGGAGACGGAGAGCAGCGACAGUGGAGCCAGUCCCGGAGACAAGGACAACUCCACAGCUCCACAAGACGUAGAAGACCUGACUGAGCCCGGGGGGAAGCGUCAGUACGACAGGGACUUCCUGUUGGGCUUCCAGUUCAUGCCUGCCUGCAUACAGAAGCCUGAGGGACUCCCACCAAUCAGUGACGUGGUGCUGGACAAGAUUAACCAAAACAAGGUGCCAUCUCGAGUGGUGGAGUCGAGGGUGAUUUCCAGAGGACCUGAUUUCACACCUGCCUUCGCAGACUUUGGCAGACAGAUGACCGGAGGAAGAGGCGCUGCACUCAUGAACAUCGGGGCACGUCGGCCUCCACCCAGGAAGAUCAUCAUGAGCCUGUCGGUGCAUGAUGAUGUGCAGCUGAAAAAAUCAGAGAAUGCCUGGAAACCGGGCCUGAAGCGGGAGGUUCUCCCCGAGGAUCCCAACGCACAGAACACACAGGAUCUUUUCAAGAAGGUCCGCAGCAUCUUGAACAAGCUGACGCCUCAGAAGUUCAACCAGCUGAUGAAGCAGGUGACGGAUCUGACAAUCGACACGGAGGAGCGGCUCAAAGGCGUCAUCGACCUGGUCUUUGAGAAGGCCAUCGACGAGCCCAGCUUCUCAGUGGCCUAUGGAAACAUGUGCCGCUGCCUCGCCACGCUCAAAGUGCCGACGACAGACAAACCCAACAACACUGUGAACUUUCGCAAGCUGCUGCUGAACCGCUGUCAGAAGGAGUUUGAGAAAGACAAGGUGGACGACGUGGUGUUUGAGAGGAAGCAGAAGGAGCUGGACUCUGCUGCGUCGACGGAGCGUGACCGUCUUCAGGCAGAGCUGGAGGAAGCCAAGGACAAGGCCCGGCGGCGCUCCAUCGGCAACAUCAAGUUCAUCGGCGAACUCUUCAAGCUCAAGAUGUUAACGGAGGCCAUCAUGCACGACUGCGUGGUCAAGCUGCUGAAGAACCACGACCAGGAGUCGUUAGAGUGUCUGUGCAGACUGCUCACCACCAUCGGCAAGGACCUCGACUUCGAGAAGGCCAAGCCUCGAAUGGAUCAGUAUUUCAAUCAGAUGGAGAAGAUCGUCAAAGAGCGGAAGACGUCGUCUCGGAUCCGGUUCAUGUUACAGGAUGUGAUCGACUUGAGACUGCACAACUGGGUUUCCAGAAGAGCCGACCAGGGUCCGAAAACCAUUGAGCAGAUCCACAAGGAGGCGAAGAUCGAAGAGCAAGAGGAACAGAGGAAAGUGCACCAGCAGCUGCUCUCCAAGGACAACAAGAGACGUCCAGAUCAGAGAGAGCAGCGAGAGCAGCGAGAGCAGCGAGAGCAGCGCGCUCCGAGAGAAGAGACCUGGAACACAGUGCCCAUGACAAAGAACAGCAGAACCAUCGACCCCUCCAAGAUCCCAAAGAUCUCCAAGCCUCAAAUGGACGAGAAGAUCCAGUUGGGCCCACGGGCUCAAGUCACAUGGGUAAAGGGCAGCAGCGGAGGAGCCAAGGCCAACGACUCGGAACUGUCUCGUACAGCUGGUCUCAACCGUUACUCUGCACUGCAGUCCACGCCUUCGCCUCAGGCCACCGCCCCGACACAGAACCUAGACUUUGACUCCAGGAGAACUCUGGGAAGUCGCAGCAGUUCAGGCAGAGAGCGCAGCGAGAAGCCACUGAUCUCUGCGGUGCCGUCAGCGCGGCCCGGCCCUUUCAUCAGGGGAAGCAGCGUGAAGGAGCUGCUGGAGACUCAAACCCCAGAGGAGCCGCGAAGAGACCGAGAGGGAGCCAAGCCCCGUAGACCGAGCGUCACCGAGGACAAGACGGAGCCGGAGCACAGCAAAGUCCGAGACGCUGUGAAACCUGAGCCCGUGGUGCCGACGCCAGACCGACCCGCUCUGUUGGAGGACGAGAUCGAGAGGAAGUCCAAGUCCAUCAUCGACGAGUUCCUGCACAUCAACGACUACAAGGAGGCCAUCCAGUGUGUGAACGAGCUGGACUUGGGUUCUCAGCUGCACAGGUUCGUCCGUGUCGGGGUGGAGUCGACUCUGGAGCGGAGUCAGAUCACACGAGACCACAUGGGUCAGCUCCUCUUCCAGCUGCUGCAGCAGGGAAUCCUGCCCAGAGACCAGUUUUACAAAGGGUUCGCAGACACGCUGGAGCAGGCUGACGAUAUGUCGAUCGACAUUCCUCACAUCUGGUUGUACCUGGCCGAGCUGCUCAGCCCCAUGUUGAGGGAGGGGGGCUUCUCUAUGAGAGAGCUCUUCAGUGGAUUAAAUAAACCUUUGCUUCCUGUGGGAAGAGCUGGGAUCUUAAUUUCUGAAAUCCUGCACAUACUAUGCAAACAAAUGAGUCAUCGGAAGGUGGCGUGUCUGUGGAGAGAAUCUGGUCUCAGCUGGACCGACCUCCUGCCAGAGGACGAGGACAUCCAAGACUUCAUCACACAGCAGAACCUCCAGUUUGUUCAGGCAGACGGUUCCAGCCCGGAGGAGGUUCUGUCUAAGAGGACGUUGUCUCCAGAGGAGCUGAGGCGGCAGCUGGAGCGCCUCCUCCUGGAGGACUUGGCCAGUGACGAGAAGAUCUUCGACUGGGUGGAGGCGAACCUGGACGAGUCUCAGAUGAGCUCGUCUCCUUUCCUGAGGGCGUUGAUGACGGCUGUGUGUAAGGCAGCAGUGAAAGAUGAUAACAGCUCCUGUCGAGUGGACACGACCCUCAUCCAGAGGCGACUGCCCGUGUUACUCAAGUACCUGAACUCGGACACCGAGCGACAGCUGCAGGCACUUUAUGCACUUCAGGCUCUGAUCGUCGGCCUCGAUCAGCCUCCCAACCUUCUCCGGAUGUUCUUCGACUGUCUGUACGACGAGGACGUGAUCUCCGAAGACGCAUUCUACAAGUGGGAGACAAGCAAAGACCCGGCGGAGCAGCUGGGGAAGGGCGUGGCCCUCAAGUCUGUCACUGCCUUCUUCACGUGGCUGCGGGAGGCGGAGGAGGAGUCGGAGGAUAAUUGACGAGAGCGGACAAAGGACAUGACGUAGUAGAACUACAUCCGUGAGCAGGACCACAUGUUUACGGCUGGAAUUCUUUUUCUGCGGUACGGUUCUGAAACCAUUUUGAGUUUGGAUUCCAACGGCGGAAGCACUAAAUACCUGUAUUAUACAUAGAAAAUAUUUUUGUUUUAAAUUUUAACUUACUUUUCUUUUGUUACUUUAUAAGAAGAGACUUAAGAUACAUAGGUUCUGGACUCUUUAAUUUAUUAUUUUUUUAAGGACUGCAAAUAUAAAAGUUAUUUAAAAUUUGCAGAUGCUCACAACAACAGAACAGAAAUAACAAUAUAAUUAAUUAUAAUAACAAAAUAAUAAUUGAAAUAAUUCGCCUCCCUGGACUCGACACUGUUUGGUUUAAAACAGGGUCAUGACGAAAGGGAAGCGGAUAUCAGAGAUCUGUCCGUGUUGUUGAGCUCUACCAACCAGGAGCCUCGGCCGGUUCUGCGUUGAUACAUGUACAUACACCACUCCAGAGGUCAGUGAACUGUGCGAACAAACUAAGAGCAAAGAUGCAAGUUCAAAAAGCAAAUGGCCGCGUUCGCCGAACAAGAAACGCUUGUAAUACUUGAGCUCCACAGAGCAGAGCAGGUUCAGUGCUUGUAAAUACAUUAAAGACAAAAAGGUUUAAAAACA